CCACUCAUGAACGUAAAGCAGUUUGUCAGACCUGCAAGUUGCUAUUAGGCCUAAAGCUGCGACUACAAUUUAUUAAAUUUGGCGAUGAAAGUGGGAUUAGCGCAUUAUAUUCUGUAUUUAUAGUUGGCAUUUGAAGAUACGUUUAAAGAAAAUGAUAAUAGAGGACGUGGAAGCUCUGAAGUCGUGGUUGUCGAAACUACUGCAGCCCAUAUGUGAUGCAGACCCUUCGGCUUUGGCAAACUAUGUUGUAGCCUUAGUAAAGAAAGACAAACCUGCAAAGGAGUUAAAGGCACUUUGUGCUGAUCAGUUGGAUGUCUUUUUACAAAAAGAAACAACUGGCUUUGUGGAUAAACUUUUUGAAGGUUUAACUACAAAAAAAUAUUUGGGAAGUCAAGAUCAAUUCACAAAGGAGGCUGCAAAAGUGGAAAUGAAAAUAGCAGGUCAAAAAAUGGAAGAAAAUAAAGAAGUGACUGUAAGUUUGGAGGAAGAGAGGGAUGGAAGAAGAAAGAAAAGCCCGUUGAGAAACCGGCCUGAUCCAAAUGAAAUGCGGAAUCGUGAUGACAAGAGAAGGGAUGAUCGCAAGCGACGAGACUGUGACCGGCAUAACAAGAACAGCGACCCAUACAGAGAGCGGUAUGAUCGACGCAGGGGGCGAAGCUUCAGCAGGAGUAGGAGUCGAAGUGGCAGCAGAGGAAAGAGUGGAGACAGAGAUAACAGCCGAGCAAAAGAUCACAGGUUAAAGUUUGAGGCAGAGAGGAAUGAGCUGGAGGGUUAUGUCCCAGUCAGCAGCAGGCUGCAACAGCAGAAUCAGCAGCAGCAGCAUCAGCAGCAGCAUCAGCAGCAGCAGCAGCAGCAUUCAUCUGGGGGCCAAGCUAUCCCCAGCACCGUUGCUGUGGUAGCACCUGCUCACCUCCCAGACAGCACCACAGAGAGCUGGUCUAACUACUACUCUAAACACAACGAAGGCAAGCCAUUCAGCAGGAGCGCCACUCAGAAACGCCGCUGCAGAGACUACGACGAGAGAGGUUUUUGUGUGCGUGGGGACCUGUGCCCCUUUGACCAUGGCAAUGACCCUUUAAUAGUGGAUGACGUCACGUUGCCAACGAUGAUUCCCUUCCCUCCACCUCCUGGGCUUCCUCCCCCUGGUCUCCCAAUGCCCCCGAUGCCAGGGAUGCCCCCUAACCUACGGUUACCUAUUCCUCCACAUGGGCAGCCUCCACCCCCAGGCAUCUUCACAAUGCCAGGACCACCUUUAAUCCCAACAAGUGCAAUAAAUAAUCGUGAACACUCUGGAACAAGUUCAGUUUCUACUCUUGCACCAACAGGAGUAGGACCAGCUCCUCCUCUUCCUCCUCAUCCUUCUAUACCUCCACACCCACAGUAUACAUUAGCAGAAUAUAACUAUGAUCCUGAAGCUUAUAACCCAGAGGCACCCGGUAUCACAGCCUCGGGUAGACCUCAGUACAGACAAUUUAUCCCCAGAAUACAGACCCAGAGGUCCAAUCUUAUUGGACUCACCUCCAGUGAUAUGGAUGUACCAAGUUCAAGAGCUGCCAAUAUAGUUAUCCAGACUGAACCAUCUGCCUCGGCCAUGAUGAAUAAUAAUUUAUCAAGAUUCACUAGUGAUCAAGACAGCAGGAAGAGGUCUAUGGCUGUCACUGAUGCCCCCGCAACUAAGAAAUCCUGGCUGGAAAAGCAAAAUUUCAACAACCAGCAUAAACCUGGCUUUCAAAAGAAAAAUCAUUACGCCAACACCAAGCUUGAAGUUCGCAAAAUCCCCAGGGAUAUCAACAAUAUUGCCAAACUGAAUGAGCAUUUCAGCAAAUUUGGUACUAUUGUCAACAUUCAGGUUGUCUUUGGAGGGGAUCCAGAAGCGGCUCUUAUACAGUAUACUGUGAAUGAAGAAGCCAGGAGGGCUAUCUCUAGCACGGAGGCUGUCUUAAAUAACAGGUUUAUCAGAGUGUACUGGCACCGGGAGAGUAAUGAGCAGCAACAGCAGACACCCUCUCAGGAUGCUUCAACAGUACCUCAGCAUGCCAACGUUCAUAAGGUAAUGAACAAGCUGCUGAACCCCGGGACAUACUCUCUCAAUAAGAUGAAAACUCGACCUGGAGCAAUGGCUGUAAAUAAAGCUGAUCCACUACAUACAGGGUUCAUCCAGACAAGUGCUUCAGCAGAGAUAUCACAGGGUUUGAAUACCUCUGCAAGUCACACGAAGGCAGUCUAUAGCUCCCCAGUCAUGAAGAUGACUACAAAGCCAAUGGCAAAGUCGACCAAAGCCCUUGAAGCACACGAGGCAGUGAAGAAAAAGCAGGAGACACUAAAAUUGCAACAAGACAUGAGGAAAAAGAAGCAAGAAAUGUUGGAGAAACAAAUUGAAUGCCAAAAGGCAUUAAUCAACAGACUUGAAAAAAAUAAGAAUAUGAAGCCGGAGGAGAGAGCGAACAUCAUGAAAACCUUCAAAGAGCUUACGGAUAAGAUUUCGCAACUGAAGGAUGAAAUAAAACCAAGCUCCAGCAGUCCUCUGAAGUCCACUCAGCCCAAGACGAAAGUAGAUGCACAAAGGGAACUUUUAGAUGCAGAAAUGGAUUUUCAUAAAAAACUGAGUUCAGGAGAAGACACUACAGAUUUGAAAAAGAAGCUUGGUCAACUUCAGGUUGAGGCUGCCCGCUUGGGUCUCAUUCCUGCAGGUCGUGGAAAGGCUGCCCCAGUCCGAGGCCGUGGCAGGGGUCGAGGGAGAAGUGUGCGGGGAAGAGGAGGGAUGAAUCACAUGGUGGUUGAUCACAGACCAAGAGCUCUGGCAAUACUGGGGGUCACUAAAGAAGAAAAAGAGGAGUUAAUGCCUCACUUUGUAAAAUUUGGGGAGGUUGAAGAGCUACAUGAUUAUGAUGCAACAAGUAUUGUGGUGAAAUUCAGGACAAGAAGUGAAGCAGAAAAUGCUGCAAACCAAGGUGCAAGGUUCAAAGGUCGCACUCUGCAGAUAUCGUGGUAUAAGCCCAAGACUCCGUCUAUAUCCACGGAGCCAGAUGAAGAGGAAGCAAAGGAAGAGGAGGUGGGAAGCUCUCUUUUGCCUGAGGAAGAAGAGGAGGAUGACGACGAAGAGGAUGAAGAUGAGUCUCGUUCUUGGAGAAGAUGAGAGGAAAUGAUAACCUUUUUUGUGAAAAGGACUUUUUUUUUUUUUCUUUUAAAAGCAAUUUAGUUGUUCUUUAAGGCAGAAAUCACGUAUUUUGAAACAGAGGUUGAGUUUUGAGAUCUUGGAUGCCAAAAUGAUUGAAGUAUCUAAAAUGGUACUUUUUUCUAAUAGAUAAAAUAGGAAUGUGAGAAAAUGACAAAACUAAUCUUUAAUUUCAUGUCUUGGCACGCCUUUUGUGUUUUCAAAGAUCCAGCUUUAGAUCUGCAUAUUCAUGUGUUUUUCCUCCUGCUUACCUUUUAUUUUGUUAAUUAGCUGUUCUUCAUUAUAAGAGUGUUGCAUUCCGGUAUAAUUCUCCAGUUCUAGUGUUUAGUUGAAACCGCUGUGUUAGGAAGAAAUGUUGCAGUCCUUGUGUAAAAUGUAAUUGUGGUUGUCAUUGUGGUGUUUUCAUAUACAAAACAAACAAAUGAUAAAAGAAAAUGCGCAAAACAGACUAUAUAUGAAAAAAAUUACAAUAAUCCAGGGUGUCAAAAUUAAUGACCUUUUUUUAAAAGAUUUUACCCACAGGCCUGUGCUCAUCCAGAGCUUUUGUUUUGUAGGAACAAUAAACAGUAAGGAAAA